AAUUGCUUCAGCCACUUUAACGGUUUUAUAUAACUUUCCAGUUUACUGAAAAAGGAAAUUUUUCUUUUAGUUGGGGAUUUUCCUUAUUUUUGUUUUCUUUGCCUGGAUCGUAUGUUUUUUUUUUUUAUGUUCGCGUCGUGCGAGGGCUACCUACGGAGUAGUGUAUUUAUUUGUAUGUCUUUUGUUGGAGCCCUGGUUGAGAGUAAAUUUUUUCGGCUGCAUUCUUUGUGAGCACGCGUUUGGAGAACACUUGCGAAACAUCAGAAUAAAAAGGAGAGCAUAUGAGAUGCUGUCCAUUCAUCUGAACCUGAAGAUUCAACAGACAUGAAUCAAGAUCUGUCUGAAUUGGAUGCUUUGGACAGGAAGAACAGUGGCCAAGGUCACCUGCACCUUGCAACCUUUGAUGGUGAAGUUAAAACAUUGAAGUGCUUUCUCCAGGAAGGAGCAGACCUCAGCUUCUGCAGUCCAGCUGGUCUGGGAAUGCUUUAUUAAUUUUUUAAAGGGACAUUUAAAAAAAUAUUAAGAUUAUUGCUAUUCUGCAUCGACAUGGUGCUAACCGCUACACCAAAGUUCUGCACGAUAAAACACCAUUGGACUUUGCAUGGAGUCCUGAUGCCGUCCGAGCGCUGAAUACAGCAUUCAGAACCUGCAUCUGUGCUGGAGAAGGCAGUGGCUGCGUGCAUUUGCACGCAGGGUGCUUUUGACAGCAGGAAAGGAGGCACGGAAGUGGACUUCAAGCAAGGCCUGCCACAGAAAGGUCCCGUGGCAGGUGGUGACGACUCCCAACCGUGUCCUCUGCCAUGAAAAACUGCCUGCAAAGAAGUCAAUUGCAGAAAGUGGUGAACAGUCCUGGCUCGGCCCGCUUGACCUUGCAUUUCCAGUCUGUUAAGACAAGUGAUGAUAAGGAGUUGCUCCCGAACCACACUGUCCCAGUGUACCAUUCUUCAGUCUCGUCCAGACACCUUCCCUGUUUUUCCAGCAUGGAAGCUCGAGCAGACGGAUAUACCUAUAAUGGGAAAAAAGAAGAACCUUCCACCACAACUAUUACCUCAACAGCAGCUGACGUAGUGUCUUCCAGCAGUCCUCUGACUGGCAGUGAACAGGGUCUGGCUUCAAUGGCCGAACCUUCUACCCUAAAUGGUUCAGCUUCUGACACGCAUGGUGAAGAUGCCCUUGCAGAAGAGCCACUCCGCAAACGUCGACGCAGCAGCAAUGACAGCACUAAUGGCACCCUCACACCCACAGGCAAAGGGCGCUCUUCACGUGGUGAUAAGGCACGGGCUUCAGACAGUGAUGCUGCGUGCCCUCGUAAACGAGGUAACAAUUCAAGUUCAGACACAGAAAGUGGCCCCAGUGAGCAAGAGAUGGAUGGUGACCCUACCACCCAGGACUCUUAUGGAAAUGGACAUUCUCCCAAAGUGCCACCACUCAAGAUAGUGUUGCCUUCAAGUGGCACAGGUAAUCUUGAAGGCACUGAACCAGCUGGUGGUGCCAACUCCAAGGAGCGCAAGGUUUCCUCAAGCAAGCCUGCCUUGCCUUAUGUAGUGAAUGCUGCGGAAUCCUUGAGUGAAGGAUCUCCCAGUGAGCAGGCUGUGGAAGAGAAGGAGCGACGGCGAGAAGAAGAGCGCUGUCAGCGGGUCACGCGUAGUAGCCACAGGGCUGCCUUGACCCAUGAGGAAGAAGUGGAGGAUGCACCUGAGGUACACCCUCGUAAGCGCAAGCUGAGGGCUCGGGAAGAUCAGCAGCAGCCACAACAGCAGCAGCAGUCACCUCAGCAGCAGCAGUCGCCACAGCAGCAGCAACAGCAGCAGCAGCAGCAGCCACCACAGCAGCAACAGCAGCAACAGCAGCAACAGCAGCAACAGCAACAGCAGCAGCAGCAGCAACAGCAGCAGCAGCCACAACAGCAGCAGCCACCACAGCAGCAGCAGCAGCAGCAGCAGCCACUACAGCAGCGGCAGCAACAGCAAGAGCAACAGCAGCUGCCACUACAGCAGCGGCAGCAACAGCAGGAGCAGCAGCAGCAGCAGCAGCAGCAGGCAGGCGUAGCUUCUCCUUUAGAGCCUCCACAUCUCAUGGAGGAAAUGAAUCAACCAGUCACCAAUGGCUUCCAGAUGUAUCUGGAUAUCCGCAAACAAGUGGAGAAGCGGCGUCAGGCCAUGCUGGUUGUGCACCCCAAACCACCCCAAGGUUUCAAGGACUACCUUCUCAAUCGUGGCUCCUAUGUCCUUGAAGGAAACCCGUCAUCACGCCUCUCUGUGCCCAUGAUUCCACUGCCACAGUCACUGAGUGGGUCUCCAAUGCGGGACCUGUUUCUAGACCAGGAACGUGAGCGAUACAAGUUGAGGUUGCAGCACCUGAUUGAACGGGAGAAGUUAGUUUUGUCGGCUGAGCAAGAAAUUCUUCGUGUGCAUGGGCGAGCUGCCCGUGCAAUUCAAAAUCAGGCUGUGCCUCUGUCUGCUUGCAGCAUACUCAGGGAUGAGGAAAUCUACAAUGUCCUAAAGCCAGAGCAGAUGUGUGUCAAAAGUCCUGAAUCUAUCCCAGACAAGAAGGAUGAUAAAGACAAGAACGUGCGAUCUAGGUAUAAUGGACGUCUCUUCUUGUCGUGGCUGCAGGAUGUUGAAGACAAGUGGGAAAAAACAAAGAAGGAGUCCUAAGAAGGAGCUCCUGCAGCCACGCUCUGCUUCAAGAAUGCGCUGCAGAAGAGCUGUUUUCACACAAUCCAGGUGAAUGUGGAGCAACAAGCAAGAAGACUAAAGUCAGCUGGUUUUCUGGACCAUGUAACAUUCUCUUCAGGCACUCUUCAGCGUUUCACUUUCCAACAAGCAAGGCAUAUGCGUGGCUACUUCAUCAUUAUUAUGAUGCACUGCACGAGUAAAGAAUUAUGACAUGCAACACUUCAUCUGUGUUGAAAGGCAGUUUAUUAAAAUUUGAAGGAUAAAUAAAAAGCUGCAAGUGCUCAUGUUAAUGCUCGCCUAUGGCUGCAUUGUUCGGACUUCUGCAUUCUACUUUGUUUCAAUCCUAAUGAAGUGGUCAAGGAAAGCAUAGGACAGAUUAACUGUUUAUUUAAUUGAAAUGUAGAAAUGAUGAGGAAAGUGGGCGAAAAGACAACUUGCCACAGGUGGGAGCUGAACCACCCACAUGUUACACAUGUGAUGCUCUACAAAUUUAUCUACCGCGGCGGCCAUUCCCUUCUAGACUUUCUCAGUUAUUGGUUGAAGUGCAUGUACCUUUUAUAUGGUUGAUUACAUGCCCAUGUCUGCUGCUCAAAGGCCUUCAAGAUUUUCGAUGUGGUUCCGUGCAAGAAUAUAACUCGGUGGGCUAUUGACUCGAAGCCCAUUGAAACUGCCCCUGUGGCAACCUCCGCUUUGCCACUGAGUCACUAGGUGAUCGUUCCAGUGUCCUUUGGAAUGCCUGUGUGACACCAGUAUAAGAAAGGAAUAAAAAAAAAAGAAGAAGGCUUUGUAUAAAGUCUUUUACAGUUUCUUUCUGAACAAUAGGUAUAGCAUUGAUAGCGAUGCACACUUCAUCAUUUAGUUUCAGCUGGAUGCUAUAUACGCACUGAGUUGCACCUUUGCAAUUUAUGGCACCCUGCAAUCUUAAGUCUUAUCUUAAAUGGUGCACAACCAUAUACCACCAAAUCAUUUGGGACAUACGCGAUAGAGCAAUGCGUGUGUUAGGUGGUAGAAUACAGCGUGAUCAAAUGAUCUCUCUUACUGUAGCAGUCUUGCUGUUCGUGCAUGCUGUGAAUUAGCAUAUGGGAUCUGUGAAUGUGUGGUUAAAUGGAGAUAGAAAAAAAUGACAAUUUUUAGGGCUGCAAGUUCUGUCACAUGCCAAUUUUUUAACUUGAGCUUUAAUUGCAUUGCAUCUAAGGCAGGUAGUGGGUGGGGUUUCAUUAAAAUAUUUGUGCAAAAGCAUAGUUUCAAUCCAUUGACACGUUGACCAUAGUUUCAAUUCAUUGACUCGUAAUGACACGUUCAAGUUUUCACUUUUCCCACGUGCGAUCAGAGAAUGGAAUCUCCUCCACUCAGACAUAGUUUCCUCUCCGUCACUUUCAUCGUUCAUCAACCUACUAGAGACAUCAAACAGAGAAGACACCACUUAACACACCUACAUAUCUCAAUCUUAACCCACAUAUCUCUAAUACUUAUUUCUGUGCGUGGAAUUUCUGCAUUUCAACCCCCAAACUCGCCGCUUCUGCGCGGUUAUCUCUUAGCUGUAUACGCUCUCUAAUCUUACAGGUGUCAUUCAUUUGCUAUUUUUUAUAUAAAUUCUAGUAAUACAAUAUUGUUAUAUUGUUAUACCAACUACAUUGUUAUAUUGUUAUAGCCAUAUUGUUAUACCAACCAAAAGUAUUGUAUUAUUGGUGAUUUCUGCAGUAGUAAAGAAGCGUUUUCCUUCUUUUCUUCUUUUAAUGUACCAUGUAACAUGACCUGUUCGUUUCUUUCUGUAAAAUUGUGCCCACCUGCUUUGGUCUCAACUGAGACUGGCAG